CGGACGUUUAGUGCUUCGCAGCAAGUGGGAGGAGCUUCUGUUGCUCCACCCGUAACCAGCACGCUGACGGAGAGGUUAAAGGUCAAAGGUUUUAGCUGAAGCCGUAAUGGCGGCGCUAUGUCGGACCAGUGCCGUGACUUCCAAGGUUCAUUUCCUGCGUUUGCACCUCUUCUCUCGGCCCUGCCGAGGCGUAGGCACUGAGAGUGGCUCCAGGGGCGACAAUUCUGAGUCCACAGAGUGUAGAACGCGCCCUGGCGGCUUUGCGAGCGCCCUAGCGCGGCACUCGGAGCUUCAGCGCAAAGAGGAAGUCCGGCGGACGAGGGGCUCUUCGAAAAAUGUGGAAUCCUUUGCAUCUAUGCUGAGACAUUCUCCUCUCACUCAGAUGGGACCUGCCAAAGAUAAAGUAGUCAUUGGACAAGUCAUUCAUAUUGUGGAGAAGGAUCUUUAUAUAGAUUUUGGCGGCAAGUUUCAUUGUGUGUGUAAAAAACCAGAAGUGGAUGGAGAAAACUUGAGUUCGACCCUAGGUUCCAUGUCCCCAACUACGUCUUCACAGAUCUUGGCCAGGAAAAGACGGAGAGGCAUCAUUGAAAAGCGCCGACGAGACCGGAUCAAUAACAGUUUGUCUGAGCUGAGGAGGCUGGUACCCAGUGCUUUUGAGAAGCAGGGAUCUGCUAAGUUAGAAAAAGCCGAAAUCCUGCAGAUGACCGUGGAUCACCUGAAAAUGCUGCACACUGCAGGAGGGAAAGGCUACUUUGACGCCCACGCCCUGGCCAUGGACUAUCGGAGUUUGGGGUUCCGGGAAUGCCUGGCAGAAGUGGCCCGCUACCUGAGCAUCAUCGAAGGACUCGAUGCUUCCGACCCGCUUCGAGUCCGACUGGUCUCGCAUCUUAACAACUACGCCUCUCAGCGGGAAGCGGCGAGCGGAGCGCACGCGGGCCUCGGACACCUUCCCUGGGGGAGCGCCUUCGGACAUCCCCCGCACGUGGCGCAUCCGCUGCUGCUGCCCCAGAAUGGCCACGGGAACACCGGCUCGGCGGCCUCGCCUACGGACCCGCACCACCAGGGCCGUUUGGCUGCUGCACAUCCCGAGGCGCCUGCUCUGCGCGCGCCCCCUAGCAGUGGCCUUGGACCAGUACUCCCCGUGGUCACCUCCUCCUCCAAACUGUCGCCGCCCCUGCUCUCCUCCGUGGCCUCCCUGUCCACCUUCCCCUUCUCUUUCGGCUCCUUCCACUUACUCUCUCCCAAUGCACUGAGCCCUUCGGCACCCACGCAGGCAGCAAACCUUGGCAAGCCGUAUAGACCAUGGGGGACAGAGAUUGGAGCUUUUUAAAGAACUGAUGCUGUAGAAUGAGGGAGGGGACAACUUAAAAGCCCAGCUGAGCUGGGCUGUUGCCAACAUCACCUUAAAGUCGCCAGUAACAUAAAGAGGAAAAAGGUACAAUUUCAGAUAAAAUUUGUUGAAAAACUAAAGGUUUGUUGGUUUUUCUUUUUAAAUGGUUUUUUAAAACAAUUAAUAUGUAUUAACAGUUUUUAAAAACUAGUUGUUAAAUUUUGUUCCAAAAAUUAAACGGAAAUAGUAUAAAUGAACAAGUUGGUGAUCCUAUCCAUCUAAGAAUGAUUCCAUUUUUGCCUCAAAGUUUGGGGAAUUCUAAUAUUUAGUAUUUUGGGGCUGUUUUUCUCUGUAUAGUUACAUUCUAUUCUUAGGAUUAAUAUUCCACGCUACUAUGCUCAAUGUUAACAUGACACUAUUUGUUAAUAUUUUGACAAUUAAGGUGUUGUAUAAAUAAUAUUCUUGGGGGGAUAUUGAAUUUUAUAUUUCUGAACACAGCGUUGACAAAUCAGAUGAUCAGCUUUAUCCAAGACAGGAGACUAGUUAAUUCUCUGCAUCCUACAGCAGGAAAGGUGAAUGUACAAACAAAUCAUCAGGAGCCCUGAGUUCAUAUGACCAACUGCUGUCUGCCCGGACCAGAUUCAUACUUGUGGCUUAGUUAGGAGGAAGCCACUUAUAGUUCAGGCUCUUUUGCAGUUGGCUGGGAGGAGACUGAAGAUAAUUGCAUAGACUAUGCCUGCAUUUACCAGCCCUAAACAGUGCAAUGUAUUUGUAAUCUUACAGAUCUCAAACUCACAAAUGUUAAUACAGAUAAGUGAACUGGGUGGUCAGCUGGUCAGUCAGAUAGUCCAGUGGAACCUGUUAAAGGCAUAACCUACUUCUCAGAAUGGCCAUAUAUUUUGUCAAUGGAAAUUUUUAUGUGUUUCCUUUUUUGGUGCAUGGAGAUGUGACUGUUGAGAUAUUUAAGAGGGCUUUGCUGCCUUCUUUUUGGUUUAUUUCAUUUGAGUCAAGCUAUAAGAACAUCAUUUUCCAGGUUUAUUCGUUUAGCAGGCAUAGCUUAAAUGCCCUCCACUGAGCUAGGUUUGACCUCUGUUGUACUGAUGUGUUGUGACUAAAUAA